UCGGCAGGAAGCGUGGCGGGGCUCCUGCUCGCCCCUGUCAGAUCGGUGAUGUUUGUACAGCCAAACAAGUGACAAAGAGACGAUGCCUGUGGCGAGUCGUCCUGUCCGGGACGUGUCCUUACAUUACCGCUUACUCCAGCAGUACCUGGUGCUUCUGAAGAAAUACCCGAUACUCACCAAGGCCGUCACCAGUGGCAUCCUCUCAGCUUUAGGAAAUCUUCUGUCUCAGACUUUGGAGGCAAGAAAAAAGGCCAAACAUGGAACCCCGGUUAAUGAGGUGGAUGUGGCUGGAGCUGCACGCUAUGCCAUUUUUGGGCUGCUCAUUACAGGACCAGUGAGCCAUUACUUUUACCAGCUGAUGGAGGUGUGGAUGCCCACCACAGACCCGUUGUGUAUAGUGAAGCGCCUGCUACUGGAUCGGCUGAUUUUCGCCCCAGGCUUUCUGCUCAUUUUCUACUUUGUUAUGAACAUCCUGGAGGCUAAAGGGUGGCAAGAUUUCGAAAAGAAGAUGAGAGCAAGUUACUGGACUGCCUUGAAGAUGAACUGGAAAGUCUGGACCCCCUUCCAGUUCGUAAAUAUCAACUUUGUGCCUGUUCAGCUGCGAGUGCUGUUCGCCAACAUGGUGGCCUUAUUUUGGUAUGCCUACCUCGCAUCUGUGAGGAAAUGAUGCCAUCAGAGAUUUCAGCAUUUCUGCCGGAGAACUGAGACGAUACGACCGAGCUGUUACUGUGCUACUGUAAACCUGGUCCUAAUCUGAGCAAUAACUUCUACGUGCAGUAGCUCCUCUGAUUAACUCUUUACGUGUUUGUGCCAUGAUAACUUGCUGCUGUAAUACUUUGGCUACAUGACUGCACCUGUGGCAACACAACAACUGAGUACAUGUAUUUUUUCCAGAGCACUGCCAAAAGCUUGAAAGAGCUAAUCAUAAACUUUGAAUAAUGUGAUUGAAAAGGGCUCUUAUUAACACUGGAUUAAUGUCAGAUUGAAAUACACACUGUAGAAGAUGUAGCUCCACCCCUGAGCUGACAGAAGGUUCUGGAAAUAUGAGGAACUGUGACAUUUCUUUUCAUUUUGUGAUAAACAAUAAACUUGUUAGUUACAAGGUGCUUUAGAAAACAUUAAAAGAAGACAACAAGACGUUUUAUAAAGUCUAGAGACUUUAUUUUUUUUGUAUUUGUCAUAAAAAAAUUCCAACAUGCCAUGUUGUGUGCAUUUGUACGACCAAAACUAAACUUCUUAAUACAGAAUUACACAAGGAGGAAUGUAUUGAUUUCAAAAUAAAAGUAUUAAUAAAUAAA